AUGGCGUCUUUGCUGUUUCGUCGAAGACUCAGAGCUUCCAGUGUCCCUUCUAUUGUAUUACAUGAUAAUGCCGAACUCUGUUGGUUUCCUUGGGAGCUAAGGUUUAGAAUUCCAGUUGCUAAUGGCAAUUGCUUUAGGCUAUCUAGCACUUCUAGCAGUGCGAAAAAGUUUGAUUUUACAGACCUUACCCGUCCUCACACCUGGUAUCCAAAUGCUCGAAAGAAAACACGGAAGGUAUUUUUGCAUGUUGGUCCCACAAAUAGCGGCAAAACAUAUCAGGCUUUGAAGCGGCUGGAGGAGAGUGCUUCAGGUAUAUAUUGUGGGCCACUGAGGCUGUUGGCAUGGGAGGUGGCGCAACGAUUAAACAAGGCUAAUGUUCCUUGUGAUCUAAUUACUGGUCAGGAAAGAGAGGAGGUAGAUGGGGCAAAACAUAAAGCUGUUACUGUGGAGAUGGCUGAUGCGACAUCUGACUAUGCGUGUGCUAUUGUCGAUGAAAUUCAGAUGGUGGCAUGUAAGUCUAGGGGAUUUUCUUUCACUCGUGCUCUACUUGGAAUAUCUGCAGACGAGCUUCACCUAUGUGGGGACCCAGCUGCUGUUCCUCUAAUUGAGGAAAUACUUAAACCUACCGGUGAUCAACUCCAGGUUCAACAUUAUGAGAGACUUUCACCUCUUGUUCCUCUGAAGCAUCCUCUUGGAUCUUUCUCCAAUAUUCGCACGGGUGAUUGCAUUGUGUCAUUUUCACGGCGGUCAAUAUACAAAUUAAAGAGACAAAUCGAAGCUGGGAAAAAGCAUCUAUGUUCUGUAGUUUACGGUUCCCUGCCGCCUGAGACUCGCACAGCACAGGCAAAGAGAUUUAAUGAUGCCGAAAGUGAAUUUGAUGUUCUUGUCGCAAGUGAUGCCAUUGGAAUGGGUCUUAAUCUGAAUAUCUCAAGAAUCAUAUUUUCAUCUUUGAUGAAAUUUGAUGGUGUGGAGUUCCGGCAGCUUACCAUACCAGAGAUCAAACAGAUUGCAGGAAGAGCAGGUAGGUAUGGGUCGAAGUAUCCAGUUGGCGAAGUUACUUGUUUAAGUUCAGAAGAUGUACCCCUUAUUCACACAGCAUUGAGUUCUCCAUCUCCAGUUCUGGAGAAAGCGGGGCUAUUUCCAAGCUACGACCUGUUGCUUAUGUAUUCUCGUCUACAUCCUAAACAUGGUCUAUACCAGAUUUUGGAACACUUUAUUGAGAAUUCUAAGUUAUCGGCGCACUACUUUAUUGCUGAUUGCGAAGCAAUGUUGAAAGUUGCGGCUAUUGUUGAUGAGCUACCUCUUACUUUGGAUGAUAAGUACCUUUUUGUUAUGAGCCCAGUUGACGUUGAUAAUUACAUCUCAUCUCAGGGCCUUGUACAGUUUGCUCAAAACUAUUCCAAACGUGGCAUUGUGCGUCUUAAGGAGAUAUUUAACCCCGGAACAUUGCAAGUGCCUAAAACCCAGACUGCUAUGGAGGAAUUGGAAUCAAUUCACAAGGUUUUGGAGCUCUAUGUUUGGUUAAGUUUUCGACUCGAAGAUAGCUUCCCAGAUCGAGAACUGGCAUCUUCCCAGAAGAAUAUUUGCAGCUUGUUAAUAGGGGAAUUUUUGGAAAGACUAGGAUGGCAACGUCCGAGGACAAGAAAUUCUUAUAUCAACGGUCGUUUCAAUUCAUUGUUGACGUCUUGGAGUUCAUAG